AUGGAGACCCAUCUUCAUCAGUGCUACUGGAACGCAUCCAAAUUUCUGGGUCACUCUCUUCCACCUUCUCAAACCUCUUCCUCAUGGCGACCCUUUCUUCACGCCAGACCCGUUUCCCCUUCUCUCAUCUCUUGCUCCUCCAAUAACUUCCCACGUUGGGAUUCCAACGCUGAAACCUUUCGACCCCGAAAUUUCACCUCCAACGGCCCCAGAGGCAAGGAACGGGAAGAACAAGAACAAGGUAAUGGGAGGAAGAGACGCUGGUGGUCUGAUGAAGAACGAGAAUUCGUGGAAGAUGAAGAAGAAGAUUUUUCUAGUGGGAUUGUGGAAGAAGCCAUUGAUAGUGUCUGGUUUCUCCAGAUUUUCAAAUCCUAUGGUUGGACUCUGCCUGUCAUCCUAGCAUCAUGGUUGCUAUCUAGUGGCCCUAAAGCUUUCCUUAUGGCAUUAGCUCUUCCCCUUGGUCAGUCAGCACUUGCACUAGCAUUUGAAAAAUUAUGGGGACAGCCCAAGAGCAAACCAAAACGCAAGUACAGGAUGAGGAGGAAACCGCGCCGAGCAAAAAGCACCAGAGUUGAGGAAGAACCAGAAGAAAACCAGAAAACCAGAAAGGGGUACCAAUCAUGGGCAGUUGAAGAUAAUGGUUCAGUUGAUAAGGGCAGCCAAGAAGCAGCACCGAGUUUUGGUGGAUGGGAUGACUUGGAGAGGUCAAGACCAGCGACAAAGUCAUCCCGUGCCAUGGAUGGAUCACAAAAGGUGCCUAUAAAUGGUGGUAGGUUGAGUAGGAGAGAAAGAAAAAGUGACACACCUCUGCUGUUGCGGUUGCUUAUUGCCCUUUUUCCAUUUCUGGGUACAUGGACAAAGAUGCUGUAA